CCCAACUCGGUGCGGCCUCUUCCUCUCUGGUCAGAAUGGAACCGAUUCUGAAUGAUGGAGUUUGAAUAGAAGGGAAGAAACAAGUUAUCUUCAGUAUUUUUGUGAAUUUCUCCCUUUUUAAAAAUUGACUCUCUCAGCGGGAGUGAGUUGACAACCCGAUAUGCAUACUUAUCAACUUCUUCUGCAGCCAUAGGAGGAUUAAUUAGAAGAACUAUCCACAAGCAAGGGGCCCAGGAGGGCAACUAAACAAAGAGCAAUGAAGAGGGUGCGGACUGAGCAGAUCCAGUAUACAGUGGCUCAGUACCUGAAAAGGCGGCAGUAUGUGGACACUGAAAGUUCCCUGAAGGGGGCCAAACUUUCCCAGUCUGCUGAGGAGAUGGCGGCUAACCUCACAGUUCAGGCGGAGUCUGGCUGUGCCAACGUGGUCUCUGCAGCUCCCUGUCAGGCAGACCCACAGCAAUAUGAAACUCAGUUUGCCAAACUGCGCAACUUUCUGUCCGAAGCGGAGGUGCCUUGGAGCCGGGAGGUGAGCAGCAUGCUGUACCCCCUGUUCAUCUAUCUGCACCUGGACAUGGCGCGCUGCGGGCAGAAGAGUGCGGUGGACAGCUUCUACAGCCGCUUCCACGGGCUCUUCCUGCAGGAUGCCGAGCAGAAGGACACAGUGGAGCAGCUGCGCCACGUCCUCUCCGCCCAGGAUGUCUUGUCCAACCCCAAGCUCUGCACCUUCCUGGACCAGAAGUAUGUGGUGCACCUGACUGACCCGUCCUACAGCUACCUCCUGCGCUACCUUCAGAGUGCCGAUAACGGCGCCCUCUGCCGGGUGCUGAGCGCCCACGUGCAGGUGGAGGUGACUGCCGUCCAACGGACUGACUACCAGCUGUAUGGGCCGGGCACCUGGGGCUCCUCCGUGUCCUGCGGCCCUGCCUCUUCCAGGGUCGUGGAUCCCGGAGACGGCCUGGAGCCCAGCGACAUGGCGCCGGGCCUCCCGCUGAACGAGGCAGCAGCCGAGGCGCUGCAGGACUGCAUCAAGCGGGUGAAGGACGGCCCCCCCUCGCUCACCACAGUCUGCUUCUAUGCUUUCCACCACACCGACCAACUGCUGAACGCGGCUGAGAUCUCGGCCGACAGCAAGCUGCUGGCUGCCGGCUUCGACAACUCCGCUGUCAAGCUGUGGAGCCUACGGGCGCGCAAGCUUAAGGCGGAGCCACACUGCGUGGACAUCUCACGCAUCCGCCUGGCCUGUGAUGUUUUGGAUGAGGAGGCUGACGAUGUGGGCAGUGCUGGUAGUGAGAUGAAGAUCCUGCGGGGACACUGCGGACCGGUCUAUCGCACCACCUUCUUGACGGACAGCUCGGGUCUCCUCUCCUGCUCAGAGGACACCACUAUUCGCUACUGGAACCUGGGCAGCUUCACCAACACUGUGCUCUACCAGGGACAUGCCUACCCAGUGUGGGACGUGGACAUCAGCCCCUGCAGCCUCUACUUCGCCAGCGGAUCCCACGACCGGACGGCCCGCCUCUGGAACUUCAGUCGUACGUACCCGCUGCGACUCUAUACUGGCCACCUGGCCGACGUAGACUGCAUCAAAUUUCACCCCAACUCAAACUAUCUGGCGACUGGCUCAGCGGACAAGACGGUGCGACUGUGGAGCACCCAGCAGGGCAGCUCGGUGCGCCUCUUUACAGGCCACCGAGGUCCUGUCCUGUCUCUAGCCUUCUCCCCAAAUGGAAAAUACGUGGCAUCGGCUGGCGAGGACCAACGGCUGAAGUUGUGGGACCUGGCCUCAGGGUCCCUGUUCAAGGACCUGCGGGGCCACACGGAUACCAUCACCAGCUUGUCCUUCAGUCCCGACAGCUGCCUGGUGGCUUCCUCCUCCAUGGACAAUUCGGUACGGGUAUGGGACAUCCGCAACUCCCCUGGGGGCAGCAACCCUACUGACGGCUCCUCCAGCGAGCUGGUGGGCCUGUACACUGGCAGCACCAGCAACGUCCUUAGCGUUCAGUUCAUGGCAUGUAACCUGCUCUUGGUGACGGGCACCGCCCAGGAGAAACAGGAACAUUAGGGCUGUGCUUUUCUGGGGUUAAUAUGGGGUAGAGGGGAUGGUAGGGCGCAGAAACUUUCCAGUGGUUUGACCUUGUGGUCAUGAGGUUAAUCUGAUGUCAGAUCACGUCCAGGUUGAUAACUUCAGUACUGGUUAAAAAAUGAUUUGCUUAAUUGCAUAAUAUUGAGAAAAUGAAAUUAUCAUGAUUAAAAAAUUUAAAUGAAGUCCCUAGACCCAGCCAUCAUCAAAUCUGGACCUCGAAUCCAAAUCUGCCCCGGGCUUUCUUUUCUCCCAGGUAAUUAUCUGAACAAUUAGUGCUGCUGAUUGACUGGACUUUCUUCACACCUGAUUCCCAGGCAAAGGGAGGAUGGAAAACCAGUAGUCCUCGGACCUCUAGGACCAUGAUCCCUGGCCUAGACCCUAGGCUCAUUUAACUGUCAUAGAAAUUAUUUUAUUAUACUGGUCAAAUCACUUCCUGUUUCACUUCUCUGAUGGUAGUCAGACUUGGAACCUGGGAAAAAGGAUGACUGACCCCAAGGGCUGAUUGGUUGUCCAAUUGGUGUCCAGGGCAUUGGAAAGUUUGCUAGCAGAACAGUUACCUGAGCCUAAAGGGACAGUAACACACUGAUGUUUUAUUUAUUUAUUUUCAAACCACAGAGCAAAAUCUUUAUUUAAGAUGGAUGAGGUGCCAAGCAUGAGCAUUCAUUUAAUCUUUUAAGGAAUUUGAUGCUGUGAAAACCGUCAUUGUGCAAGACAUUUCUCGAGCAUUCACUGUUGGCUUAAACAAUCCCCUUUAGUAGUUAAUCAGAAUCGAAUUGAGGUUGACAAAUUUUUGUCUGUGCAAAAUUAAAUUAAAAUGAGCAUUUCAAGUGUGCUACUAUAUAUACACCAAUUUGUUCCCCGAAAAAGGACAUGUAGUUAGUGUAAAUAGAUCUUGGUUUUGAUACAAAAUUUAGUUAAGGUUAAGCUGACCGACAGUAUAAUGCCGGAGGUAUUUUGAAGAAGAAAGUCAUUUUUUAGUUGAUGUGCAAUUACUGAUGGUGGAUUACAUUUGUGAAAACAGUAAGACCUUUUACUGCCUAAUUUCAUUUUUUAUUUUUUUUGUUGGUCUGCAGACGCUCUAAUUCAGUGCUACUGAACUCCAUGUCUGCAGGCAUGAAGUCAUUUGCUUCAACUGUGCUAGACCACCUGAUUUCACUCAUUAUUUUACCAGGUUCAGAUAAGCUAAUUAGUGAUAUCAGGUGGUGUAGAACACGGUUGAAGCAAACAACUGUGAACACUGUAGCCUGCAGGACGUGGAGUUAAGUAAUGCUGCUGUAAUGGAAGGCAAAGUCUUGAGCAUGCAUAAACCUUCCAGAGGAUUGAACUUGGGAUUUUCUAGUACAAGCAAAAUUAAGCAUUACACACAUUAGGACAGUUGACAUCAGCUGUUGCAGUGGCCACUCUUUUUCAAAGUGUUAUAUUAGUACAAAAUGCAAUUCCCUAAAAAUGGAUAUAUGUUCAUUGUAUUAUAUUUCUCAGUGAAUAAUUGUAAAAUAAGCAGAUCAUCUCAGGAGAUGUGAACGUGAGUGGUGGGAUGCUUGAUUAGUAUUAGUGUUCACAAAUUCAUGUCAUGCAAGUUGUGUAAAUACAUUUUCCACUGUCUUGAAAACAACAGUUUUUUGAGACUGAAAAUUGUAAAUAUUACUGACAAUUUGACUCCUUUUUCUGUAGUCCUUUUUUCUUUCCUUUUUUUAAACAUGCCCUAGUUCUUGUCCAAAUGGUAAAGAGGUUUUGUUACGCAUUUUCAAAAAGCAGUUUUAUUGCCAGUUAUGUGUAAACUUCAUAUUGGUUAUGCUUGCUUUAAUUUAGGAUAUUCUGUAAUAGCAUAGAAUAAUGUCUCUUUUCUCAACAAAUUUGAAUGCUACAAUAUGAUUUUGAUCAAUUAAAAGGUAAGUGGAUGUCACAAA